AUAUUCCUUCGCUUUCCAGUAUAUCACCCUCCCCACCUUGUAUUUUCCCUCACUUUCCCUCUCAUUUUCUCUCCUUCCAAGCGCAUACGCGCGCGACGAUAGAGAUUAACAUCAUGAAAUUCGGCAAGAGCCUUAGCAACCAGAUCGAGGAGACUUUACCUGAAUGGCGCGACAAGUUCCUUUCCUACAAGGAACUGAAGAAGCAGUUGAAGCUAAUAGUGCCCAAAGGCGGAGAUAGGCCCAAUAAGCGACUCAGAUUGGACUCCGCCGGGGAAGAGUGCAGUGACUCCGCCGGUGAUGGCAUGUCGAAAGAGGAGAUUGAUUUCAUCCAGUUGUUGGAGGACGAGCUCGAGAAAUUCAACACCUUCUUUGUCGAGAAGGAGGAAGAGUACAUCAUCAGAUUGAAGGAGCUACAAGAUGGGGUUGCGAAAGCAAAGGAUUUCAAUGAAGAGAUGAUUAAAAUUCGAAAGGAGUUUGUGGACUUCCAUGGAGAGAUGGUUUUGUUGGAGAAUUACAGUGCCCUCAACUACACUGGACUAGUGAAAAUACUGAAGAAGUAUGACAAAAGAACUGGUGCCCUCAUUCGGUUGCCCUUCAUCCAAAGGGUCUUACAACAGCCCUUCUUCACCACAGACUUGCUGUACAAGCUUGUGAAAGAGUGUGAGAAGAUGCUUGAUCGCCUUUUCCUCACAAACGAACCAUCCUCAUCAUCUGCUAAGGCAGCGGACAUUGAAGGAGGUUCCAAUCCUUCAACCUCCACCACCAACGGUUCUGGUAUGCUCAGAGUCCCCAAGGAACUCCCAGAGAUUGAACACAUGGAGAGCUUAUACAUGAAGAGCACCAUAUCAGCGUUACGAUCUUUAAAGGAAAUUAGAAGCAGAAGUUCUACUGUCAGUGUUUUUUCAUUGCCACCUCUGCAAAUAAGUGGCAUGGAUGAGACAUGGAAGAAGAUUCCAAUUCUGGAACAAGUAGCCAAAUAGUUGGAUUUUAAGGAGAAAAAAAUAUACCACAAAAUUACCUCUUUGUGUUUUUCAUUUCUCCUUUUUUUCUUGUUUCUUCCAUGCACUUGUUAUGCAUGGCUUAGAUACAUCAUACACUACUAGCACUGAUGUAAGAUGAAGUAGAAAAUGGUCUGUAUGAUAGAAUAUGUGCUCUCAUUGAAAUUGAAAGUUGAAACUAGAUCAUCCAAUUUGCUUACACAAAUUUGGUUUU